AUGUUUCAUCUUGGCAAAGCAGGAAGCUUCAGUACCGACCUUGUUGAGUGCCUGAACGGAUUCUUUCAGAACAACAACCAUGAUCUCGAGGCGUGGAUUGAAAUUUGGAGCGCCUAUCAAACCCAUGUAUCCCCUUCCUGUUCGAUCUUGCAUGUCGCUGCCUACUCUGGAAUAGCUGAAUUUGUCAGACUUCUGCUUUCCAGGGGAGCGACAACGGAUGUUGUGGACAAGGAUGGCCAUACACCUCUGGUCUACGCAGUGUCAAAAGGCCAUCACGAUAUAGUUACCUUGCUAUUGGAACAUGGUGCUUCAACCAAUGUCACGGUUCGGGACGACACUUUUAGUUGGGGAGCCGGUCAUCAUUUACUUGCGUAUGCAUGCAAACUGAACCACGUCAACGCGGUACGUGCCCUCAUCCAAGGGGGUCUGGAUCCGAUGGCCAAAGUGAUCACCGGUGGUGGAGGCAAAACAAGAAUUCCUGACGACCCGACGGAACAUGACCUUCGCCCUUAUUACUUUGAUCAUCGUAGAGAGGUCACUGCCCUUGCAUCUGCAUGCGAAGAGGGAUCCACCGAGGCUGUGCUCGAUUUGAUUCGCCAUGUUGACCCUCUCCUCUGCAAAGACAAUCUCUUACAUUCUGCUGCAGAACAGGGAAAACAUGAAAUUCUCUCCGCCCUAUUACGGAAUGACAAGGUUCGACUGACUAUCAAUGAUCCCGACCGCUAUGGUGAUACUCCAAUCUAUCUUGCAGCCCGCAAACAAAGCCCAACCACAAUCAAAGUUUUGCUUAAUCAUGGCGCGGACGUCAGUAUCUUAUCCAUGAACAGAAACUACCCCCCAGAGCCACCAACAGAGCUAGAAAGUCAAACCAUGCCCCAUGCCAUUCCGGGGUACACCCCUCUACAUGCAGUGGCAUUUGGAUAUCCAAACGGCAACUUCGAACAGCCAAUGAAUGAAGAAGCUGUUGUGGUUUGCCUAGAUCUAUUGAUUGAUGCAGGCUCCAAGGUAAACACAGGAAACCACAAAAAGCGAACACCUAUCUUUGAGUGGUCCAGAAUUCACUGGUCAACCAUGAGCGAGGAUAAGUUUGUGUCUGCUCUUCUUGAGCGUGGGGCUGAUGCCUCUAUCCUUGACGUUGACGGCCAAACUCCUCUACACUCUUCACAGAGGGUUUACCCAAAGCUGGCAAAAAUUCUUGUCAAUGCCGGCUGUAAUAUCAAUGCCCAGAGAUUCAGUGAUGGACUAACGGUACUGAUGUUGAAUGCAAGCCAGCAAAAUCAUCCUGAUCCGAUAGUCUUCCACAAGCUUGGAGCAGACUUUCACCAACAAGAUUGGCUAGGAAAUACGGCUCUCCAUCACUAUUUCAAGAGCGAUCCGCUGGGGGAGAGUUGUCAUCUUGAUUCAUGGUUGUCGAAGUCAAACCCGCACACACGUAACUAUCUUGGUCGAACACCGCUUCACGAGUUCCUAUCCCUAACCCACGGCAAAUUCUGGGAUGAAGAAGAGGAGGAAGAGAGCAGACUUGAUCGCCUUCGGACCAUUGAUGAGUUUCUCAAACACGGUGUAUCACUGGAGGAUCAAGAUGGACUUGGACAAACAGCCCUGCUUACCGCAUUCUCGGGUAACGAAUUCCAUACCUUCAAGCUUGUUGAGGAGCUUUUGCGGCGAGGGGCCAGUGCCCAAGCCACAGAUUUCAAAGGAAGAACUGCUUUGCACUAUGUUUUCCGGCCAGACAAAAAGUCUUCCCUCCUCAAAGAUGGAAGUAAACGUGAGCUGGCUCAACUACUCAUCAAUCAUGGAGCAAGGGUUCAAGACACAGAUCAUGAUGGAAAUGGCUUCUUCAAACACUUCAUCAAAGACGACACUGUUCACAAUCACGGUGAUUGGUUGAUAAACGAAGAGCAUGCCGAGACUAUCAUAGAGCUCGGAGCUCCGAUUUUGACGGCUAACAAGCAGGGAAGGACUGCAUUGCACGCCGCUGCUACGAUCGAGGAAGAUCUUAUCUUCCGCCAGGGGAAAAUAAGGACUCGCCUAGAGUUUCUUCUUCGCCCGUCCAUGCAGUUCGACAUCAACGCAGCAGAUAACUCCGGGAUCACCGCUCUUCAUCUAGCGGCGUCUGUGUCUGACAUCAAUGUCCUAACUUUGAUCCAGCAUGGGGCUGAUCCUAAAGCAAAAGACAGAUCAAUGCGCACACCUCUCUCCAUUGCUGCGGAGGCAGGUCAAAGUAACGUGGUCGGCCUUCUUCUAGAAUACUGUCAAAAUGAUCCUGCAAUCAUUAACCACCAAUGCAUCAAACGGAGAUCUGCUUUGCAUGAAGCGGCUCGAUCCGGCUGUCCAGAAACCGUGAAACUUCUACUGGACGCUGGCGCAAAUCCGUUCCUCUCCGACGAGCGAGGCCGAACAGCCUUGCAUGCGGCUGGCGAAUUUGAAGAGAGAACUGGCCCACAAAAAGCGCGUCAUCAUCAAAUCUCUCAGCCACCCUUGCUGGGAUUGCCGAAACCUUGUGCUUGGCGAGGCGUAAAAAAGCCGGAUCCACCGUCUGGCUAUGAUUUUGGAAUCGCCCCCAACGAUGACGCCAGAUGCAUCAGAGAGGUGGUUCGAUUAUUACUGGCGGCUGGUGCGCAACCGAACAAAGUCGACAACAAUGGCCUCAGCCCGAAAUGUGUUGCUGUGAUGCUUGGAUGUGCUCCUGUUGUUGAGGAGUUGAGAAAAAGCCAUAUGGAGUCAUCUAUUCGAUCCUUCGACCCUAUCGGCGAAUCACUUCUUGUUGUGACUGACGCCCAAAUCAAGAAUAUUGUCGACCUUACUGAAGUGCCCGAUAACCACAACGAACUCUUGGAACGCCUGUUCGUAACAGGGAAUGAGGAUCUAGUUGAGGAAUUCGUUCGCGUCAAACACCUAAAAUUGGUGGACAGUGAGAAAGAUCGGUCCCAUGAAACGGGCAUUUUCCUACUUCCGCUUCUGGGCUUUACCACCAUGCUGAAGCGAUUGCUGCCGUAUCUUGAGGAUGCUGCCGAUUUGAUUCCCGUUCUCUUGAGUCAAGCCACCAAACGGUCUGCCUAUAACCUAGAGAUGAUGCGGCUGCUUAUCCAGCAAGUGCCAAGGGAGAACAGGCAUAUCUUCUCAAAUUUUUUAGUCGAGGUAUCCGCUGGUAAGCGCUGGUGGCAUACCAAGGCUCUUACAUUACUGCUUGAAAAGGGUGUCUGCCCUGAAACUUGGUCUAGCAGCGCUUUCCGAUCUGCCAUUACUGCAGCCUUUCCGGUUAAAUCAUACGGGGACGGAGAGGAACGCCAUAAAUGGAGUGACGAGACCCUUCGGAUGCUGCUGAAGCACGGCGCUGAUGCCAAAGAUACGCGUAACGACCACGCUGAUUCGCUUCUCUCCACUGCUGUGGAGAAUGGCGGCGACGCCUGGAUCAUCGCUCUACUUCUCGAGCACGGAGCCUCUAUCGAGCCCGGAGAUGACAAACUACUCACUUUGGCGAUCCGCCGAAACAGCCUCGCCACAGUCGAGCUUCUGUUGAAGAACGGCGCCGAUCCAAAUGCUACGAAUGAUUGGCGAAAGGCUCCACUCUUAGAAGAACCUCGAAGUGCAAAGUUGCUAAGUGAACACGCGGCUAUCGUGUCUCUUCUUCUUCGAUAUGGCGCUGACCCCCUUCUUCUGAUUGAAGAUGGAUCCACCAUCGUGUUCCACACGCUAUGCACCAACCACUGGGGUGGAACUUCACUUGGGCCUAUUUUGGAAAUGGGUAUAGACGUCGACACGAAAGACAGUGAAGGCCGCACCGCGCUAAGUAGAAGCGCAAACUGUUUCGAUGUGGCUCUAAAGUUGAUUGAAGCUGGUGCUGACCUUGACAUGAUUGACCCUACCGGGAGCACCGCACUGCAUUACGCGGCCGAGGCAUUUGACGAAGCCCUCGUUGGGGAGCUUGUCAAACGAUCAGCCUCAGUGGACCCAGUUGACAACGAUGGGUUUACGCCUUCGACUCGAGCUUUGAAAGAUUACGCUGAGGCCGACGACUGCUGGUCUUCUGGUUUCUUGACAUUGAGAGCCUUGUUGAAUGGAGGUGCGAAUGCUCUUACCAUUCUACCCGAUGGAAGAUUAGGACUCCAUUGUGUGGCCCCGGUUCUACGGGAUUUCAGCAACAAGGACCGAAAGGAGCAGAUUAAAGAAGAUGACGGGAGAGACCAUUUUACCGAGGCAACUACGCUAUAUCAACAGUUCCUUGAUGCGGGAUGCGACCGUAACUCUCGUGACAGGAACGGGGAAACCCCGAUAUUCCACUACGUGAGAGCACCCAAGUCUUACCAACGCUUUUCGGAUCUCGCCCGUUCGCGGCCUUCUCAUCCGGAUGAUUGGACUGCCUUUAUUGAGACGCAUGAUAUCUCCCCGAUGAAUCUAGCUGGAGAUACCUUGCUGCAUGUCAUUGCACGUCGCGCAAAAUGCCCCCCUGACUCAGGUGACGACGAAACUUUGCUAUUCAAAGCGCUGGUUGAUUCGGGACUCGAUCCAUGGAAGGAAAACAACCAGAGCGAAACAGCAUUGGACAUUGCCGCGGCUCAAGAGAAGACUGAUAUACUUGGUCUGUUUGCACGAAACGAAUAA